UGCUAUGGCUAUUGAAGGAUGGUGCUGACCCACACAUGCUUGUUUCCUCAGGAGGCUCUUUGCUCCAUCUGUGUGCCCGCUAUGAUAACGCAUUUGCUGCAGAAAUUCUAAUUGACAGAGGUGUAAAUGUGAAUCAUCAAGAUGAGGAUUUUUGGACAUCAAUGCAUGUAGCCUGCGCAUGUGAUAAUCCCGAUAUUGUCCUGCUACUACUACUAGCUGGAGCAAACGUCCUGCUGCAAGAUGUUAAUGGAAAUAUUGCACUUGAUUAUGCCAUAGAAGGGACUGAAUCUAGCAGCAUCCUUCUGAUGUACCUGGAAGAAAAUGGUGUAGAGCUGAACUCAUUGCGCCAAAUGAAGAUCCAGAGACCUCUGACCAUGCUUACAGAUGUCCGACAGCUCAUAUCAGGUGGAGGAAGCGUGAAUCAGAGGAAUGAUGAAGGAGUUACCCUGCUGCAUGUGGCCUGCGCUAAUGGGUACAAGAACGUUGCAUCUCUGAUACUGGAUCAUGGGGCUGAUCUGAAUGUAGCAGAUAAUCAAUACUGGACACCCCUACAUUUAGCUGCAAAGUAUGGACAGACCAACGUUGUGAAGCUGCUUUUGCUACACUGGGCAAAUCCCAAUCUUCUUAACUGCAAUAAUGAAAAGCCUUCAGAUGUUGCAGCUUCUGAGUUUAUUGAGGAAAUGCUUCUGAAGGCUGAGACCGUUUGGGAAGAAAAAAUGAAAGACCCUUUAGCUGUUUCUACUUUAUCUCAAGAAGAGCCGUAUGAAGAGAUCAUCCAUGAUCUACCCACAAUUUCCAAUAAACUCAAUCCUCUGGCUUUACCGAUUGCCAAGCAAGACAGUUUGCUGGAGAAAGACACCAUGUUUAAAGAUGCAGCUAAAGGCUUAUGUAAGCAGCAGUCUCAGGAUGGUGCAGCUGAAAAUGUCACUGUGAACACCACAACCAAACUCGAACAGAUCAAGCUAAUGCCUCCAGCUCCAAAUGAUGACCUGGCUUCUCUGAGUGAGCUAACAGACAGCAGCCUGCUUUACGAGAUUCAGAAGCGUUUCAAUAACAAUCAGAUAUAUACCUACAUUGGUGAUAUACUGUUGCUUGUUAACCCAUUUAAAGAACUUCCUAUUUAUUCUACCAUGGUCACCCAACUUUAUUUAAGUAACUCUGGAAAACUGUGUUCCUCUCUUCCUCCCCACAUCUUUUCCUGUGCUGAAAGAGCUUACCAUAUGCUAUUCCAGGAGCAGCGUCCCCAGUGCUUUAUCCUCAGUGGAGAAAGUGGUUCUGGGAAGACUGAAGCCUGCAAACAGAUAGUGAAGCACCUCACUUGCAGAGCCAGCUUCAGCAGAAAUACCUUUGAUGCAAAGAUAAAACACGUAAACUGUAUCCUGGAGGCCUUUGGACAUGCUAAGACACCCUUGAGUGAUUUAUCCAGCUGUUUUAUAAAAUAUUUUGAGCUACAGUUUUGUGAGAAGAAAAAAACAUUAAUUGCAGCUAGGAUUUAUACAUACAUGUUGGAGAAGUCUCGUGUCAUUAUGCAGCCUCUCAACCAGAGUAAUUUUCAUGUUUUUCACUUGAUGAUGGAUGGGCUAUCUGCUGAAGAAAAAUACACCCUGUACCUCAGUAACUUGUCUGCACACAG